AGUGAUUGUUUUCGUUUACACAGGAAUUCGGUUCUUCACUGAUGUUGAAAUAUUUUCGAUUAAUCUAACGAAACAAUCAAAUCCGAAUUUUGUCGACUUAUAGAUUGGUGCUGUCCAUUCCGGAUCAAUAGACGCACGAACAACUCGAAAUGUGUUCAGUGUUGGUGAUCGGAGAUAUGCACGUGCCGUUCCGCAGCAGCGGACUACCGGCCCAAUUUAAGAAGCUGUUGACUCCGGGUAAGAUACAGCAUGUUUUGUGCACGGGCAACCUGUGCACGAAAGAGAUGUACGAGUUCUUAAAGUCUAUCGCCAAUGAUGUGCACAUUGUGCGCGGUGAUUUCGACGAGAACCUCAAUUAUCCAGACCAAAAGGUAGUGAACGUCGGACAGUUUAAAGUGGGCCUAUGCCACGGCCACCAAGUGAUACCGUGGGGUGAUCCAGAAUCUCUGGCACUACUCCAGAGACAACUAGACGUAGACGUACUGGUAUUUGGUCACACUCACAAGUUUGAUGCAUUCGAACUUGGGAAUAAAUUUUUCUUAAAUCCAGGAUCAGCUACUGGAGCUUUUAAUCCGUUAAACCCUGACAUUAUUCCUUCAUUUGUGGUAAUGGAUAUCCAAAGUUCAACAGUGGUAUCAUAUGUCUACAGGUUGGUUGACGAUGAAGUAAAGAUCGAAAAAAUCCAAUACACAAAAAAAUAAACUGUGAUAUUUUGUACCAAUCAUUUUCACAUAAUAUAUUAUUUUUAUAAUGGCUACAAAUUGUUAUCAUCCAUAUUAUUAAUUUUGUUUGUAAACUUAUUUAUUUAUUGGAAUUUUUAUGAAUUAUAAUAUAGCUUUAAUUUUUUUUUUAAACUUAUAUUAUAUAAUUAUACUAUAAACAUCCUCUCAUUAUACAGAGUAAUAUAUCUCCACGAUUACACUAUUUUAGUUUGUAAAAUUGUGUGUAUAUAGUUAAUAUAAAAAUUGAAUCCAUAAAA